GUUCAAGGAUUUCUAUGAGCUGGAGCCGGAGAAGUUUCAGAACAAGACAAACGGGAUCACGCCGCGGCGCUGGCUCCUGCUGUGCAACCCGGGACUGGCCGACGUUAUCGCGGAGAAAAUCGGGGAAGGCUUCAUCACAGAUCUCAGCCAGCUGAAGAAGCUCCUAGAUUUCGUCAACAACGAGCCGUUUAUCAGGGACGUGGCAAAAGUCAAGCAGGAGAACAAGCUGAAGUUUGCAGCCUACUUGGAGGAGCAGUACAAGGUCAAGAUCAACCCUUCGUCCAUGUUCGACGUUCAGGUCAAGCGGAUCCACGAGUACAAGCGGCAGCUGCUGAACUGCCUGCACGCUGUCACCCUCUACAACCGCAUCAGAAGUGACCCGUCCAAAUCCUUCGUGCCCAGGACCAUUAUGAUCGGAGGGAAGGCGGCCCCUGGCUACCACAUGGCCAAGAUGAUCAUCAAACUCAUCACAUCUAUCGGCGAGGUCAUCAACAACGAUCCCUACGUGGGGGACAGGCUCAAGGUCAUCUUCCUGGAGAACUACCGGGUGUCCUUGGCCGAGAAGGUGAUCCCGGCAGCGGAUCUCUCCCAGCAGAUCUCCACGGCCGGCACGGAGGCCUCGGGUACUGGCAACAUGAAGUUCAUGGUGAACGGGGCCCUCACCAUCGGUACCAUGGACGGGGCCAACGUGGAGAUGGCCGAGGAGGCAGGCGAGGAAAACCUCUUCAUCUUCGGCUUGCGGGUGGAGGACGUGGAGGCCCUGGAUCGCCAAGGGUUCACCGCCCGGCGGCCCCCGGGUCCCCUGCCAGAGCUGCGGCAGGCCGUCGACCAGAUCGCCGGCGGCUUUUUCUCCCCUCGAGACCCCGGUUGCUUCAGGGACGUAGUCGACAUGCUCAUGAACCACGACCGGUGA